GAAAGAGAAAGAGAGAGAGAGAGAAUCCGGUUUUACUUUGUUGGUGCUGCGAGUCUUGUGCCAGGUAAGAUCAUCCUGUGGCUUUGAGGUAGAGCGCGCUGGAGUGAGAAGAGUGGGAGGGCGGGAAAACGCUCGGGAGUCCGUAAAAGUCGAUUUCUGACCGAUGUAUUUCACAUUGCAGAUGCAGACAGAUGCGCUCAUAGACAUUAUCAAUAUCGAGGAAACACUGGCGAAGGUAGGCGGGGAUGUUUAAACACAAUGUGCGAGGCAGCACGUAGCUUUUGAACUGUUUAUAUCGAUGCAAAUAUGUCAUAGUUUGCCUAAUGGUUGCCUCACAAGACAUCUGCCAUAUGUGAGUGACAAGACGUGGGAGGUGCUGGUGACAUAAUUGAAGGGCUUUGAUUCUUUAUUUAUUUUUGAGCUUCAGAUUUCAUUAACAUCAAAUUUGUCAUGGGCAUGAGACCAUUUAGUUCUUGAGUGGUUCUCUGCAUCUCUUAAUGUGUGUGUGUGUGUGUGCAUGUGUGUGUGUGUGUGUGUGUAUGUGUGUGUGUGUGUGUGUGUGUGUGUGUGAAGAGAGAGACAGAGAAAGAGAGAUGAAAAUAUAAAGGGAGAUGGAGAUAGAGAUAGGGAGACAGGCAGAGACAGUGUAGGUGUUGAUGAGGGUGAUAGAUACAAAGUGAGAUACAGUAAUGUGACAAGAGCUUUCUAUUACAGGAUCACACGGAAAGUUAUAACAUGUCAGGUACAGAGUGACUAGACCACUCCCUAUUACAGUCCAAUUGGUGUCAAGUCUUACUGGAGACAGAUUAAGUUAAGGUAGUUCAUUAGGAAUCACAGCCUUGCACAGGGAAGCUACAUCACCUUCCCUGCUUUCUAGACAAUUGGCGAUUUCUGUGUGUAUGCCAAACUGCCACUGAGUGUGGAACGUUGAUGGAAAUGUGGACUCAAAGUCAGAAUCUGGUUGGUCCAUGUUAUAUGUGAAUAUAAUGUGUAUAUCUAUUUAUUUGUCUCUCUUUUAGUGUGACAGUAUGACUCUGUCCAGUGCCCUGCCUUUACGCAGAGGAAGUACCCCUGUGCCAAUCAAACACCAGCUCAGACGAGAAGAAGCAGUCCAUGAUGAUUGUGAUUGGACAUCAGGGUUGGCUGGACCUUCUCCUCCUCCAAUCAGUUUCAGCCCGGCGAAGGAUGAGACCAUCACCUCAGCGGUAGAGGGGAGACCCCCCUCUGAAGGGCCCUUUCGAAUUGCCCUGCUGGGGCAAAAUGGGGUGGGCAAGUCAAGCCUUGCUAUCGCCUUGGCUGGGGAUUUGGAUAGAACUGCAUCUGUGGAUUCUGAAGGUACAUUGAUUGGUGUUUGGAUGUUGGUCAGUGUUUCAACAAAAAUAGGCCUAUGAUACUAACAGGUAGAAAGUGUGCAAUGCAUAACACCCCAGCAAUGUGUAUGUCUUGUAAAUAAGCAUAGGCUAAAACCCCUCUUCCCCCCCAUCUCCCACCUGAGACUUGCCUGCUAUGUCUCUCCCUUAGGAGAGGGCUAUGUACGUACUGUUACCGUGGACGACGAGGACUGCACCAUCCUUAUCUACGACAACUGGAGGCAGGUGAGCCAAACGACACCUCUGUGGCCCCACUCUACCCCAGCCUUCUCUCUCCCACUCCUCCCCUCAUGUUUAGUCAUAAAGUGUUGCCCGAUCUCCCUGUCUGUGAUCAGGCAGUGGAAAUAUGACAUUCCCCUGUGGGAGUCUGUGAUAGGCUGGGUAGGAAGCCUAUUAUCAGGUUAUUUUCCACAGGAUUACCUCUGUUCCCCUGAGCACGCUUCAAACACAUGUGUUCAUGGAUGUGUGAGGGAGGGAGCUGCUCACUGAGCAGAUGUACUGGGGACAUUUUCUCCUUCUGCUUGUUCUGACUCAGCUGGAGGUUGGGUAUCCUGAGUGGCGCAGUGGUCUAAGGCACUGCAUCGCAGUGCUAACUCUGCCACUAGAGAUCCUGGUUCAAAUCCAGGCUCUGUUGCAGCUGGCCGCGACCGGGAGACUCAUGGGCGGCGCACAAUUGGCCCAGGGUAAGGGAGGGAAUGGCUGGCAGGGAUGUAGCUCAGUUGAUAGAGCAUGGCGUUUGCAACGCCAGGGUUGUGGGUUCGAUUCCCAUGGGGGGCCAGUAUAAAAAAAAAAUGUAUUCACUAACUGUAAGUCACUCUGGAUAAGAGUGUCUGCUAAAUGACUAAAAUGUAUUGCAAAAUUAUCUCGCUGUAUCAGCUCUGUAGUCUGCAAUCACAAGAGUUUGUGAAUUUCCUUUUCGUUUACCUUAAUCAGCAGGAUUUUAUUCCAGUGCUGUUUAUGUACUGAUGUAGGAUCUUAAUUUGACCAGUUUCUAACAGCAGAAAAAUAAUUCUGCAGCAACAGGAAAUGUGAAUUAUUGUGUGGAUUAUAAUUAAUGGACAUGUUCAUAGGGGUUGAUACAUUUUUAGUUAGGGCAAAUGAAGCCUGAAAUGUUAAAGUGGAAAUUACAAACUUAAGAAGCCUUUUUAAACCUUAAUUACACUACAGGUUUGCAGUUCCUGCAACAACAGGGUGAUCAAAUUACAGGGUUUUUUCAAUCACUUUGGUGCAAUUUUCACAAGUAUGUUGUACAUUUUCACAACUCUAAGCACAAACAUCAAAACAGAUCAUCAAAACGGCUCAUGUUUCAAAACUCUAAGCACAUUUCAAUUUACUGAGUAUAACAAACAAAUUGACAAAGUCACUUGUUCACUGCACCAAAUCCCUCUUUCAGUUUGGAUGCAUAUUCAAUCUAAGUAUCUGCUUUUCAAAAUGCAAUAUUCACGUUACUUUUGAUAUGAUUUUCCUGCAUUUGUUAAGAAAAGCCAUAUCUCAGACUGGCCAAUAAAAAUAAUAGAUUAAGAUGGGCAGUCUGAGAUAUUGCUUUUUCUUUGCAAAUCUGCCUAGAAGGUCAGCAUCCCGGAGUCGCCUCUUCACUGUUGAUGUUGAGACUGGUGUUUUGCGGGUACUAUUUAAUGAAGCUGCCAGUUGAGGACCUGUGAGGCGUCUGUUUCUCAAACUAGACACUCUAAUGUAUUUGUCAUCUUGCUCAGUUGUGCACCGGGGCCUCCCACUCCUCUUUCUAUUCUGGUUAGAGCCAGUGUGCGCUGUUCUGUGAAGGGGGUAGUACACAGCGUUGUACGAGAUCUUCAGUUUCUUUGCAAUUUCUCGCAUGGAAUAGCCUUCAUUUCUCCGAACAAGAAAAGACUGACGAGUUUCAGAAGAAAGCUAUUUGUUUCUGGCCAUUUUGAGCCUGUAAUCGAACCCACAAUUGCUGAUGCUCCAGAUACGCAACUAGUCUCUAGAAGGCCAGUUUUAUUGCUUCUUUAAUCAGCACAACAGUUUUCAGCUGUGCUAACAUAAUUGCAAAAGGGUUUUCUAAUGGUCAAUUAGCCUUUUAAAAUGAUCAACUUGGAUUAGCAAACACAACGUGCCAUUGGAACACUGGACUGAUGGUUGCUGAUGAUGGGCCUCUGUACGCCUAUGUAGAUAUUCCAUAAAAAAUCAGCCGUUUCCAGCUACAAUAGCCAUUUACAACAUUAACAAUGUUUACACUGUAUUUCUGAUCAAUUUGAUGUUAUUUUAAUAGACAAAAAAAUUGCUUUUCUUUCGAAAACAAGGACAUUUCUAAGUGACCCCAAACUUUUGAACGGUAGUGUAGCUGUAAAUACUACAUCAUCAUUCUCCAUCAGCCAGUCUGCUUCAAUAGGACAAAGUGGAACGAGUCACUCUAUGUGCUACCAUUUGGAAUUAUAGUGCAGUGUACAAUGCAUUGCUGAAAUACCUGGGUUGUAACUUGCAUUUAACAAUGUUCAAAUCAUUAUCUGAAUUUCAUUGAUACAAUGUAAGCUGAUGAAUUUCAUUGAUGCACUGUAAGCUGAUGAAUUUCAAGCAGCGAGACAGGCGGUACUGUAUCAGUUGACAAGUCACGUAGAAAAGGUGAUGGGGCAGAAAUGGCAUACAACACCGUGCUACAUUUUUACAGUAGUGAACUGAUUUACAAAACCCUAUUUCUGAUGAUUUGUCUGACGUAUUGUCACGUUCGUUCAUGAACGGGUCAGACCAAGGCGCAGCGUGAUAUGCAUACAUGUUUAUUUGAACCGAAUAAACAACUACAAAACAACAAGUCCAAGGUACACAAACAACAUACCUCAACACGGAACAAGAUCCCACAACCCACUAGUGCCAAUAGGCUGCCAAAGUAUGGGCCCCAAUCAGAGACAACGAGCGACAGCUGCCUCUGAUUGGGAACCACACCGGCCAACAAAGAAAUACACAUACUAGAAUAUACAACAUAGACAAUCACAACAUAGAAAAUCACACCCUGACUCAACAAAUAAGAGUCCCCAGAGUCAGGGCGUGACAGUACCCCCCCCUCCAAAGGUGCGGACUCCGACCGCACAACCUUUACUUAACAGGGUAGGGGCCGGGUGGGCAUUCCGUCUCAGAGGCGGAUCCGGCUCCGGGCGUGACAACCACCUAUUCUCCGCCUCCCUGUUGUGCCCCUGGUCUGGUCUGGACCUCGGCGCGCUGCUUCCCCUCUCCUUCCUCCCACUAUACUCCAAGCCCUGUCUGGACCCUGGUGUGGGAGACCCCGAACCUGGAGAGGGGCUGACGUCUGGGUCUGGACUGGAGCCGCUGACUGGAGCUGGACCGGGCACCGGUGGAGUGGACUGCUCUGGCUCCGGAGUGGAGCCGCUGACCGGAUCUGGACUGGACCCCAGUGGAGCGGACUGCUCUGGCUCCGGAGUGGAGCAGCUGACCGGAGCUGGAUCAGGCACCGGUGGAGCGGACUGCUCUGGCUCCGGACUGGAGCAGCUUACCAGAGCUGGAUCAGGCACUGGUGGAGCGGACUGCUCUGGCUCCGGACUGGAGCUGCUGACUGGUGGCGGACCAGGCACCGGUGGAACGGGCACGGGCCGUGCCGGACUGGACACACUCACCACUGGUCUGGUGCGAGGAGCAGGCACGGGCCGAACCGGACUAGGAACAUGCACCACUUCCUUGGUGCGAGGAACAGGAACAGGCCGGGCUGGACUGGCGACACGCACCACUGGCUUGGUGUGAGGGGCAGGAACAGGCCGGGCCGGGCUGGCGACGCGCACCACUGGCUUGGUGCGAGAAGCAGGAACAGGCUGGGCCGGGCUGGCGACGCGCACCACUGGCUUGGUGCGAGGGACAGGAACAGGCCGGACCGGGCUGGCGACGCGCACCACUGGCUUGGUGCGAGGGGCAGGAACAGGCCGGGCCGGGCCGGGUUGGCGACGCGCACCACUGGCUUGGUGCGAGGGGCAGGAACAGGCCGGGCCGGGCUGGUGACGCGCACCACUGACUUGGUGCGAGGGGCAGGAACAGGCCGGGCCGGGCUGGUGACGCGCACCACUGACUUGGUGCGAGGGGCAGGAACAGGCCGGGCCGGGCUGGCGACGCGCACCACUGGCUUGGUGCGAGGGACAGGAACAGGCCGGACCGGGCUGGCGACGCGCACCACUGGCUUGGUGCGAGGGACAGGAACAGGCCGGGCUGGCGACGCGCACCACUGUCUUGGUGCGAGGAGCAGGAACGGGCCGGACCGGACUGCGAAGGCGGACUGGAGGUCUGAAGCGGAGAGCUGGCACAACCCGUCCUGGCUGGCUACCCACUUUCGCACUACACGUGCGGGGCGCUGGCACAGGACGCACUGGGCUGUGCACGCGUACUGGCGAUACAGUACGUAGAACCGGCGCAGGAUAUGCGGGACCGAGGAGGCGUACUGGAGACCAGGAGCAUUGAGCCGGCACACCCCGUCCUGGCUGGAUGCCCAUCUUCGCACAGCACAUGCGUGGUGCUAGCACAGGACGUACAGGGCUGUGCCGGCGCACUGGCGACACAGUACGUAGCUCCGCAUAACACGGAGCUUGCCCAGUCAUACGCCUUCUCGCGUGAGUACGGGGAGUUGGCUCUGCUCUAACCCUAGGCUCCGCCAACCACCCUUUUAGCCCCCCCAAAAAAAAUUAUUGGGGCUGUCUCUCGGGCUUCUUCCUCGGCCGGCGCCUUCUGCGUUGCCGCUGCUCCUCUCUAUACCGCGCCUUCACUGUCUCCUCCCAAGGACGGCGAUCCAUCCCGGCCUGAAUCUCCUCCCAUGUCCAGGAACCCUUCCCUUCCAGGAUCUCCUCCCAUGUCCAGGCUGUCUGCUCCUGGACACGCUGCUUGGUCCUCGUUUGGUGGGAUCUUCUGUCACGUUCGUUCAUGAACGGGUCAGACCAAGGCGCAGCGUGAUAUGCAUACAUGUUUAUUUGAACCAAAUAAACAACUACAAAACAACAACCGAAACGUGAAGUCCAAGGUACACAAACAACAUACCUCAACACAGAACAAGAUCCCACAACCCACUAGUGCCAAUAGGCUGCCUAAGUAUGGUCCCCAAUCAGAGACAACGAGCGACAGCUGCCUCUGAUUGGGAACCACAUCGGCCAACAUAGAAAUACACAUACUAGAAUAUACAACAUAGACAAUCACAACAUAGAAAAUCACACCCUGACUCAACAAAUAAGAGUCCCCAGAGUCAGGGCGUGACACGUAUGUACUGUAUAAGGAUAAUGAAACUGUAAGACUGACAUAUUUCUCAACAUUCUCACUAUUGGAAACAAAUGAUAAAAUAAUUGUGCAUGUCAAGUUUUAGUCAAAUACUGUAUGGAAAAUUAUAUUUACCCACUACUAUUCUUUCUAACCAGCACUUCAAAAAGAACAGUUUGUAUCUUGUAUUUUUGCUAUUGGAUGAAAUGGUAGUUAAAAUGACUAAAUGGAGCCUAUCAUUAUCUGAUGUACAGUAUUGGUGACUAAACAAAAUGUUCUCAUGGUAUUUCACAGAAAACUUAGAUUUUCCAUGAAUGACUCAGGGGUGAAAGAUGUGUGAAACCCCAAUGAAUGCACAAUAUAAGGUCCUUAACAUAAGAUAGGGGGCAUUACAAGUGUUAUCAGUUUAGAGUUUUGUGCUUAGAGUUUUGAAAAUAUACAACUUACAUCUAAAAAUGUGCCAAAGUGAUUGAAAAAAACAGUAAGAUCCUACAUCUGUAAGUGGAUCACAGACGUUGUUCUUUGUUUGUCUUGUAGGAGAUACUGAUCUUGGUGAUGCUGCUCUGUCUUAUCUGUUCAGAAGAGUUUGAGUUAGCCUUUUGAUGCAGUCCAGUCUCAAGAGUGAAAUCAUAAAUUCAGAUUUUAGAAAACAAAUGUAGCUUUGCUCAUGCAGUGUCCCUGAAGCGUUUUCAGUGACUUAUGAAGGAUUCACUCAAAGGGCAUACAGUGUGUGUGUGUGUGUGUCAUUGUAUUCUCUGUGUGUGUCAUCAGUAAUUGACGUGGUUCCCAGUUGGUGUGGUAUGGUAAUUUGUCUCUAGGCAGCAGGGAAUCAUAGAAUGAAAGCGCACAGGGCUUCACUCUCACUCUUGACUGCUGCAGGCAGCAGGCUUUCACUGCAUACCACCAAAACAAUAAUUUGUUUGAAAUGUUGAAAAAACACAAGCACACACACUCUUUGAUAUGACUCUUGGUCUGUAGAGCACUCAUCAUGCCAGAGUUAUAAUUAAAUGUUGCUACUGACUCUCAUUUACAAGGCUCUCAGCACAGCAGUCGGAAAAUGUGGAAACAAACCAUUCAGACUCAGAAAAAUAGAUUUUUAGGGAGGGAAGAGCUGCCUCCCUCUACCUCUUCACUUGGUGACGUCUAUAGACCCAUUGUGAUGGGGGGAAAUCAAUCCAGUUCCAUAUCGGGAUAUUAUUUUUGACGAUAUAUCAUUUUGACAAUAUCGCAAUAUUAUUUAUGCGCUAGUUGGCUGUACCUGCACAAAAAAUCCAGUAUCUUUCCUUCAUAGCUUGUUCUCCAUCUUAUUUUUAAAUAGGGAGCCAACUUCUUUUCAGCACUUUUAUUUCCAUGACUGAUCAAAAUGUGUUUUUUCAUGGCUCUCUUUUGUCCCUCUGCAGCAGACAUAUGCUGAGAAAUAUGUUUGGAACAUCGAAUCACAAUAAAAUCAUAGUAUCGAAUCGCAAUACAUAUAGAAUCAUGAGAAUCGCAAUACAUAUCGUAUCGGCACCUAAGUAUCGUGAUAAUAUCGUAUCAUGAGGUCCCUGGCAAUUCCCAGCCCUAGUUUAUACCUGGAUCUAACAUGCGUCCUUUGGCAUGAUCUUGUCCACAUUCUGAUUGUGCCCACAUUUUUAGACAGGUGUAGACAAUUAAAUACGCACUGUGAUCUGAUUGUGAUCAGAUCUCCCUGACCAUCUCUGGAGGUAGUCAGACACGCAUUGUGUCUGGAUGUGCAAGUGUAGACAGAUCUGGACAGUGAAACCAUUUAAAUCAUCAUUAUCCCACCCUCUAAAAUCAUUGACAGGUGGCACCAUUCACUUAUGCCAUCAAUAUGUGUCUUAAAAUAAAUAAAUAAAUAUUAUUUGGAAAAUAUAGCAGUGAAAUUAUUUGCUUAAAGGGAAGGACCAGAAAAUCUGGUCACAAUGCAGACACAGUAGACAGAUAAGAGACACGUUUUAAAAGUGUGGGUACAAUCAGAAUGUGGACAAGAUCAGGACACAGGACCCAUGUUAGCGCCAGGUAGAAACUAGGCUUAUAAUACAUAGACGUGUAUUCUCAUUGAAAUUUAUACGACUAAAUGGAAGGUAAAGCGGUAUGGUUGUGGUGAUCUCGUUCCCUCCCUCUCUCUCUCAGGACCUGUCUGCUCUGCAGUGCGAGGUGUGUGUCCUGGUGUUCUCUGUGACGGACAGGCAUAGUUUCCACCGCACCGCCCAACUUCGCCUCCUCCUCAGGGAGAUGCAGCCACAAACUCCCAUCAUCCUUGUGGGCAACAAGAGUGACCUGGUCCGUUCGCGUGAGGUCAGUGCUCAAGGUGAGGCAGAUUGUCCCUCUCUUUGUUACAGCACACUGGUAGAGUGGUCGCCCUUUGUCUCUGCAACUUUAACCUGCAGUAUUGUAUAGUGUAUACCUUUCCCUAUAGAUGAUAUCUUCCUAUAUAUGCUCUCAUCUCUCAUUGCCUUGUCCCUGCCUGCCAUCUCCACCCAGUGUGUUGACAGGUUGAGUUAUAUGAUGUAUCUCUGCAGGGUACUGGGGUGCAGGGAGAAAUAUAGAAAUAUAGAAGGAAAGUGGCACAGCACUUCAGCUGCAGUGCAGUGUGGGAGUAUGGGGGGAGGGACUGUGCAUGCUGAUAACUGUGCAUGAGAUACUGAGAACACACACAUUCAUCUAUUCAUCUAGAUGUACAUAUCAACUGAGGAUAAGGCUGUGUGGUGUGUUCAGAAGACCCACCUGAGCUUGGCUGUAUGGUCACCAAAACCUAUAACACACAUGUACACAAAACUCUCUGUCUUUCAAACUGUCUCUCUUUCACCCCCACCGUCUGUGUGUUGUGUGUUGCUCCAGACUGCAGCUCCUCAGGCCUGGCUGUUUUGGGUUUAUGUUAUGAGUGUUGUGUAACCUCAGAGCCAUGUGGCCUUUGACUUAUUAUGAGGCAGAGAGCAGAGCAAGGCAUUCUGCUUAAUUACUUUCACAGUCACUGGGUAAAAACUCCCUUCCUUCUCGCUUUAUGGUAUAGCUAAACGAGCAUGCUCAGAAGAAAAAACAUGAACCAUACUGGUUCUCUCUUCCUCUGCUGUCAGGGAUAAUUUAACCUCUCUAAUUAACAAAUAAGGCUUUAAUUAGGACAAAUUUGGGCAAUUGCUUCUCACCAUCUUUCAUCAUCUAGCUUCUCAUUCCCCGUGAUUUCUGUGUUGCACUCUUGCACUCAAUCUUUUAUAUGUGCUUUUUUGUGUGUGUUUAUCCUGGGGAUAGUAGUCUGUAAUAACACAAUAAAUCCAGAGAGGCAGGGAUGUUUAUAUUGUAGUGUUUCUGAGGUCAACCAGAGGGGAGCUGGGCUGAGUCACAGCACAAUGAGAAUAAGAGGUGCUUCAUCAUGUAACUAAUAUGGAUGAACCUGUGACAACAACACAUCACCGUGUACCCAAUCUCAUCCGAAAUGCUCUCAUCCUAAAUGGGUAAUGCGUUUACCACUGACAACUGUGCUUAUUCAUGGGUCUCUCUCUCUCGCUUUCUCUCAGAGGCCUUCACCAGUGCUACUCUGUUUGACUGUCUGUAUGUGGAGAUGUCAGCCUCCCUGGACCACCGCACGGUGGAGCUCCUGGAGUCUGCUGUGAGGUUAGCCAGAGGCCUCAGCCCGGUGCCCCCAGGGACCUAUGGGCACGACAUGGCUGGCGGCCUGGUGAGCAUCACCCACCGGGCCAAGCGUUUCCUCACUAGCCUGGUCCCACGCUACCCCCGCGAGAGGGAACGAGACGGGGGCAAGUUCUUCAGACAGAAGUCCCGCUCCUGCCAUGACCUGGGGGCCCUGUGAUCAGGGAUGAGGGAGGGAUAGAACGAGCGAGGUAUAGAAAGAGAGAGGGGUGGCUAGAGAGCGAGCAAGAGGGAAAUAGCAUGUAAGCAAUUGCAAAAUAGAGAGAGGGAUCCAAAGAGGUAAAUGAUGGUGAAGAGAAAAGUGAGUGUGAAAGUGAGUGAUGAGAGGAGGAUACAGUAAUGGAGGAUGACACAUGCAUGAAGCAGAAAAGACCAUGAAGAGAGAAUGGUGGACAUAUCUGGGUUGAUUCAUGUAGAAAUGUUGUAGUGGAAAACCAUAGAGAAUAGAGAAUUAGCUGUUGAACCCCUGUAAAUACAACGCUAAGCAUCAUACUGCAGUUGUGGGACUGAUUCUCCAUCUUCGUUCCGAUGUGAUGUCAUUGAGGGCCAAAUAAAACACUUUUAG